AUAGGAGAAGCAUACGUAUCCAUCCACUGGGGUACAUCAGAAGCUCUGUUGUUACGAACACAGUACUGAGAAAGUGUACCCUAAUUUGAAUACAAUUCAUGCAAUUUCACGCCAAUUAGCGGAGUGAGAAUUGAAAGUUGAGAAUUUGCAGUGAGAGAAAGAGACAUGGCCGAAGACAGUGAGGGGAUGAAGAAAGGGGAGAAUAUAGAGUCUCAGAUUGAAACCGCUAUGCGCUCUCGCGUCUCUCACUUCAAGGAACAAUCCGACUCUUUGACGUUCGAGGGUGUUCGUCGAUUGCUUGAGAAGGACUUGGGAUUGGAGGAGUAUGCUCUGGAUGUGCACAAGAGAUUUAUUAAGCAAUGUUUGCUCAAGUGCUUAGAAGGGGUCGUUGAUGAUGAUGCCCCAAGGAUAUCGGAGAAGGCAGGGGAGAAUGGUGCAGAUACACAAGAGUCUGAAGAACCAAAAGAAAAGCGUGAAUUAAAAGAUGAGAAGGAUGUUUGCCCUGAAGAUGAGGAGAAAAUGGAAGACUCUCCUGUGUUAGGUCUUCUUAAAGAACAAAAAAGGGCUAAACUUGAAACCAAGGAUGAUAAAGGCAAUGGAAACAAAGUCGUUCCAAGUGAAGCCCUUAUUAUGAAAGCUGUUAGAAAAAGAUCUUCGUACAUCAAGGCUAAUGCAGAGUCAAUCACUAUGGCUGGUCUUCGUCGACAAUUGGAGGAAGAUCUUAAGCUUGAUAAAUUUACACUUGAUCCCUAUAAGAAGUUUAUAAGUCAACAGCUUGAUGAGGUCUUAGCGUCUUCUGUAGUUUCAGAACCUGCAAAGAAUGCUAAGAAAAUUGAAAAGAAAAAACCUGAUACCAAAGUAACUAAAAAGGUCAGGAGUGAAGAAAACUCUGAUACUUCAGAUAAGGAGACUGAUGAGGAAGAGAGUGAGGAAGAUGAAGUUAAACCUAGGAAAAAGGUUGUUCCUAAAGGAAAGGUUAAGACUCCUGUUCAAUCCAAAAAACGGAAAGCAGAGGAGACUGAUCUGUCCAGUAAGAAAAGGAUCAAGCCUGCUAAAGCAGCCUCAGAAGAGAUCAGUGAUACAGAGGAUAAUGGGAAAAACUCUGAAGAUGAUCAGUCCCAUUCAUCAUCCGAGAAAGCUUCCAAGAAAAAAGAGGUUUCAGCCCCUGUGUAUGGAAAACGUGUGGAGCACUUAAAGUCUGUCAUUAAAGCAUGUGGAAUGGGUGUUCCUCCCUCAAUUUACAAAAAGAUCAAGCAAGUGCCUGAAAACAAACGGGAAGGACAACUAAUCAAGGAGUUGGAGGAAAUAUUGUCUAGAGAAGGAUUAUCUUCUAAUCCAUCUGAAAAGGAAAUCAAGGAAGUAAAAAGGAAGAAGGCAAGAGCCAAAGAACUUGAGGGUAUUGACGUAAGUAAUAUUGUUUCAAGUUCUCGUAGAAGGUCAACAAGUAGUUAUAUUGCUCCUCCACCUCCAAAGCCCAAGGUUCCAGUUGAAACUAGUGGCAACGGGGCUGAAGGUGGUGAUAAUGACGAAGACAAUGAUAAUGAAGAGGAUGAAGAAGACGAGGAAGAGGAUAGUGGCAGCGAAGAAGCUGACGAUGAUGGAAGUCAGAGUGAAGAAUUUAAUGAUGACGAAGAAGACAGUGAUUGAACACGGGGAGAUUCCACAAUAAUCAAGGAGAUUUUUUCAUAAUUCAUUAGGAGGUGAUGAUGUAUAAUGUAAUGUCUUGUAGUGUGUUUGGUCUUCUACCCUUUUAUUUUCUGUUGUUCCAAAAUAUCAGUGUGAUAAUGGCCAGUACUUGUUGCUAGUUGCAGAAGUAUUAAUUUAGUUUCUUCCUUGGCAGUUGAUAGGUACUUCUGUUUUGACAGUAUUGGUUUUAAUUUAGUAUAUUUUGAUUUCCCCUAGGAAA